CUCGUCUCGUCUCGCUGCUGCGUGCCUGCGGGGACACUCCAUCUCCUCCGCGAUCCCCACUCCCCUCGCCGGCCGAGGACGAGCCGCCGGCAGCAGCAGGGCUCGGGCCACAGCUCGUCCGUUCGAUUCGUUGGAGAUCGCCAAGCGGGAGCGGCGUCCUCGGCGAGGAGGCAGGCGACAUGAAGCCCGCGGCCGGCGGCGGCGGCAAGGGCUGCGCGGUCGACCCGUCGCUGCCGCGGUUCAGGUGCCAGGAGUGCCGCCGCGCCCUCGUCGUCGUCGGGGUCGACUCGUAUUCCGACAGGCUGCCCGCCCACGCCGCGGCCGGUAAUCAUGCGCCUUCUGUUCAGGGCAGUGUGAUGGGUGCAAGCAGGAUGGACAAUUCUUAUGUCGUUCUAUCCAGGCAGAGCAGAUCUCAAGGUCCUGGAAUCCCCCCGCGUCCACCAAGUGCAGCAGCACCGCACACUGAACCUAACCAAUCAACAAGAGCGAUAGAGGGGUCAUAUAUAGUGCUUCCACCUCCUGCUGCUUCCAUAUACAAGACACCUGCCUCUGAAGGAGGUGGUGCACAGCUGACACCACCGGGUCUAAACUCCAGUAGCCCUUCACCAGGAAACAAUUCUGGAUUUCACUCUAAUGUUACUGUGCUGAAAAGAGCUUUUGAGAUUGCUAGCUCACAAACUCAGGUUGAGCAGCCACUUUGUCUAGAAUGUAUGAGGGUUCUUUCUGAUAAGAUGGAUAAGGAGAUUGAAGAUGUUAAUGCGGAUAUUAAAGCUUAUGAGGCUUGUCUUCAACGUUUGGAGCAGGAACCCUACAACAUACUCAGUGAAACAGACUUUCAGAAGGAGAAACAAAAGAUCGAGGAAGAAGAAAAGAAACUUAAAGCUGCUAUUGAAGAAGCUGAAAAGCUAUAUUCAGAAGUUAGCUCCGAGAUGAAAGAUCUUGAAAUAAAGUCUAAACAAUUUGAGGAAUUGGAAGAACGGUAUUGGCAUGAAUUCAACAGCUUUCAGUUUCAGUUGACAUCUCACCAGGAAGAAAGAGAUGCAGUUUUUGCCAGGAUAGAAGUUUCUCAGGUUCAUCUGGAACUGUUGAAGCGUACUAAUGUUCUCAAUGAUGCAUUUUAUAUUUCACAUGAUGGUGUUAUUGGAACAAUAAACAACUUCCGCCUCGGACGCCUUUCUAGUGUAGAGAAUUUGCAGGUUGAGUGGGAUGAGAUAAAUGCUGCUUGGGGUCAGGCUGCACUGUUGCUGCAUACCAUGGCUCAAUAUUUCACUCCGAAAUUUCAAUACCGGAUCAAGAUUCACCCUAUGGGAAGCUAUCCAAGAGUCACCGACAUCCACAACAAUACAUAUGAACUGUUUGGCCCUGUAAAUUUGUUCUGGAGCACCCGAUUUGACAAAGCCAUGACAUGGUUUCUCACUUGCCUGCAAGAGUUUGCUGAGUUUGCCAUAAAUUUGGAUAAAGAGAACAACGUUCCACCUGAGAAGUCAUUGAAGCUUCCCUAUAAGAUUGAUGGUGACAAAGUAGGGAGCCAUACAAUCGUCCUAAGUUUCAAUAAGAACGAGAACUGGACCAAGGCGCUGAAGUACAUGCUGUGCAAUCUGAAAUGGGUUCUCUACUGGUUCAUUGGCAACACAAGUUUUGCGCCACCAUCGGGGCCAGUGCACACACAAUCUCUGAGGAACAAGAACUAAUGAUGUUUUUACUUCAACUGUACAUAGUUUAAAUACAGAGUUACUGACCCUAGUCAUUGGAGUGUAGCCGUAGUGACAAUAAGGACACAUUUGAUGUACAUACAUGUAGCAACAUACCGUCUAUACUUGAAGUCUGCUGUUCUGUCUGAACCCUAUCGUAUGUGAAUCCAAGGGCUGAGCCAUCUGUGCACGCAAAUUGUAAGAAUAAUAAGAUUUUUCAGUCUUCAGUUUCUAUU